AUGACGGCCGUGGGCGUGGGGGCUGCCGCACCGCCUGUGCCCGCCGGCGGCAGCUCGCCCAGGCGCCGCGGUCACCAAGCCCCCGCGGCGACGCCCGUUGCCAAGGACUUGAUCGGGGUGCGCACGCGCCCGUGGGGCAAGUUCGCGGCCGAGAUCCGGGACUCGACGCAGAAUGGCGCCCGCGUGUGGCUGGGCACCUUCGGCAGCCCCAAGGCGGCCGCCAUGGCCUACGACCAGGCCACCUUCUCCGCGCACGGCGACGCCGCUGUGCUCAACUUCCCCGUCGAGCGCGUCCGGGAGUCGCUCCGCGCACUCGCGCUCGGCGCCGUCCUGGGCUCGCCCAUGCUCGCGCUCAAACGCCGCCACCGCAUGCGCAGGCGGUCGCCCAACCAGGGGCCUGUGAAACAGCCCCGGGUUAACGCCGUGAAGGAGGACGCGCGGCCGGCGACGGCGGGCGUGGUGGUCCUGGAGGACCUAGGUGCCGAGUACCUCAAGGAGCUCCUCUGGGUAUCCGAGCCGCCCAUGGAUCAUUGCAAGCUUGUCUGCUUGGAUUAG